AUGAUUUACCACUGCCAUUGCAACAUAAUGCUUGUGGAAACUACUGGUGAAUCCAUGUCAACAGCUCGACAGGACAAGCUGAAAUACUCAGGUAUUAAUGCCUCAAACGCCAUGGCAGAGAUUGACUUGGAGGAUAUGAAAAAAUACAAAUCCAUCAUCAAAGAGGUGGGUCUAGAGAAAGAGGUCGAUCCAGAACUCAUUGCUGCCGUCAUCUCAAGAUCAUGCAGGGCUGGAAAGGCACUGAAAGGGGGAUGGGGCCCCCUAAGACCUUUGGGCGUUGAUGUUAGUCCAGAUGGAGGUCGACACACUCCACUGGGAGAUUGGGACAGUGAAGAACACCUCUGCCAGGCCACCGAAAUAUUGGUUGAUUUUAUUGAAAUUAUCCGCAACAAAUUUCCGAACUGGAGCAGGGAGCAGCAGCUGAAAGGAGGGAUAGCAGCCUACAACAUAGGGGAUGAUUUCGUCAAGAACUAUACAGCUGUUGACACAACAAGUGGAGACUACUCUAAUGAUGUUGUUUCCAGGGCUCAAUGGUACAAAAAAAGGAAACUAUUGAAGCCUUGUGAAAGUUGUUCAUAACAGGACAAAAUCCUGUAAAUGAUGAAGGAAACACUGCUGUGUUAUUUGUCAAAACAUAAACUGAAUAAACAUAAUUACAUAGUAAAACCACGGGCCGCCAUAUAGCUCACCUGGUAGAGCUGGAGACCCAUGUAUUGGGGCUCAGUUCCGGUGAGGAAGAGCCAGGUUUAAAUCUGGCCCGGUAUCCCCCUUUCAACACUUUCACUCUCCAAUAAAGGCUACUCUGGCCCAAAAAUUCACAAAGAAAAAAUGAAAAGUAAAACCAUAAAACAAUAUCUUAGGUUAUUUGACUUGAUAUAAACUCUCAAUUGCUUUCAAUUACGUAUAUUUGUACAUGUACAAUAUAUUGUGUAUUCAAUAGAUAUGCUCUGAUAUACAGUAUAUCCUUUAUAGCUAGUGCGGCGAUCCUCAGAUCAGGGGAGCUGGGGAACACCAGUUCAAUCCUGCCUUGCUAAAUGCAGAAUUAACGGCGGCAGUAGCGAAAGUCUGUAGGGACUUGGCCCUUGGAAACGAUUGGACAAAAAAAAAAAAAAAGAAUGUGGACUGGUAGCUGGAGAGGU